UGUUCUUCAUCUUAGAGUAAAACCACAGCACGGCUGACAUGUUGAAUCUACGAUGGAACAGAACUCUGCUGAUUUGUUAACGGAUGCAUUUUCAGACACAUCCCUCCCGUCUUUCCCGGAAGGAGAGUUAGACUUUGAGUCUCUCCAUUUUGAUGAAGCCAUGUCAGACAUUUCUCCUGGGAUGUUACCCGUGCUGAGAGAGGAAGAGGAAGAUGUAGGACAGGAAGAGGAAGAGCCUGGUGGAGAAACUGGAAAUGUAUCUGACCAUAUCUCAGUGGAGACAUAUGAUGUGAGAGUGACUGAAGAGGAUACACAUCAUACUGAUGAGGAAGAGAUGGGUUCAGGAGAAGAGGAGACUCAACAUAUUGAUGAGGAAGAGAUGGGUUCAGGAGAAGAGGAGACUCAACAUAUUGAUGAGGAAGAGAUGGGUUCAGGAGAAGAGGAGACUCAACAUAUUGAUGAGUUAGAGAUACGUUCAGGAGAAGAGGAGACUCAACAUAUUGAUGAGGAAGAGAUAGGUUCAGGAGAAGAGGAGACUCAACAUAUUGAUGAGGAAGAGAUAGGUUCAGGAGAAGAGGAGACUCAACAUAUUGAUGAGGAAGAGAUAGGUUCAGGAGAAGAGGAGACUCAACAUAUUGAUGAGGAAGAGAUAGGUUCAGGAGAAGAGGAGACUCAACAUAUUGAUGAGGAAGAGAUAGGUUCAGGAGAAGAGGAGACUCAACAUAUUGAUGAGGAAGAGAUAGGUUCAGGAGAAGAGGAGACUCAACAUAUUGAUGAGGAAGAGAUAGGUUCAGGAGAAGAGGAGACUCAACAUAUUGAUGAGGAAGAGAUAGGUUCAGGAGAAGAGGAGACUCAACAUAUUGAUGAGGAAGAGAUAGGUUCAGGAGAAGAGGAGACUCAACAUAUUGAUGAGGAAGAGAUAGGUUCAGGAGAAGAGGAGACUCAACAUAUUGAUGAGGAAGAGAUAGGUUCAGAAGAAGAGGAGACUCAACAUAUUGAUGAGGAAGAGAUAGGUUCAGGAGAAGAGGAGACUCAACAUGUUGAUGAGGAAGAGAUAGGUUCAGGAGAAGAGGAGACUCAACAUAUUGAGGAAGAGGCAGAGAUGAUGGACUCAGGAGAAGAGGAGAACACAGGAAUAAAGAACCUUGGCUCCCCUGGGGAUUGGUCUGUGGUUGUUCACUACGAUGAAGAAAGCUGGGAUGGUGCUCUACAGGACAUAGAGAAGAUUGUAACCACAGGACAACCUUUUGCCGAACAAGAGAGUGAAAACCAUAAAGUCAGAAACGUAGAGCAAGGUGCUUACGAGAACAGUGAUGUGAGGUGUUUUGAGGGUGUCACUGAAGAUGGCACCAUGGAGAUCACAGCAGGUAUAUGUGAAGAAGGAGAGAGACGUACGGCUGAAGAAAACCAAGAGGAAUCAUCUGAUUCAGACCUGGAGAUCCUGACUAGCUCCGUCACCAAACAACGGAGAAAAGAGGGAAAUAAAGCAGUGAACUCCCAGCAGACUUUUCCUCAGGAGAAGGAAGAGGAAGAAGAGCGAGAUGAAGAUGGAGCUCCAGAGGUUGUUUCUGAUUGUCCUGAUCCCGCAGCAAGUGUUGCCGACCUGCAUCUUUCAGAAACCAUCUCUGACGUCCCCACUUCUACCCUUCACGGUGAGGCCGGACGCGGUAGAGCAGCCGUGACCAUCUCCAGAGGUACCGGUAACAUGUCAUCAUCUGACUCUGAGGAAAGUUUUCCCGGAGCGUUAUGGACGUCAGAGGCUGAACAAAGAGAGGACAAACGGGAGACUUGGCUUUGGGGUGAGACUGGGCCAGGAACUUCAGAAGAGGAACAUCUUUGCGAAGUUCAGCCGGAGCUAGCAGGAAGGUUGAAGAGCCGCAUUCACACCGAUAUAAGCUGGGACACAGGGGGAAAUAAUGUGGACAGUGGUGGUUUAAUUCAAGAUUACCAGUAUGAAGCGUCUGGAAUCACAGAGAGUGGCGAACUUGCAGGUGAAGAGGAUGAUGAAGAGGAUGAUGAAGAGGAGAAUAGGAGUUGGGAACAAGAGAAAGAGAGAAUCAAGGCAUUCCACAAGUUUUAUUAUGAUGAAGAAGAAGAAGAAAAUGGGGAGAAUACAGGGAGGAAGUCUAGAGUUCAGUUCUGCGUGGAUCCCCUGCCUCAAGUCAUUGAAUAUACUGACAGCAGCAGUGAUGUGGAUUUGGUCGACAGCUCAUCUGACGGAGACGAGGACCUGGAUUCUACAGCAAGGCUUGAAGAGCAGCGUGAGCCUGAGAGACAGAGAAUGAGUUUACCCGAGACUCAGGAGAGUCGGGAGCCACAAGGAGAACUACAAGAUCUCAGCAAAAUGCCUCGGACCCACAGAAAAAGAGACCGGUGUCUGAGGGUGCUGAAGUUACUAGCGAAGAUGACCCUGUUGACAGCGAUUGGACUUUUGGCAUUCUGGUGGACAAGAGACCAACUGGACUUGGACUGGUGACCAAAUUGUAUUUCCUAACGGCUGUACUGUAUCGUACUGUAUCGUCAAUGUGUCUGAAUAUAAUAACAACCUAAAGUAGCAGUAGUUACGUUAAUACGUUAAUUACUUAGUUGUAAGGCUAUCUCCUUAUACUGUAGUUUCUGUCUCUUAUUUUCACCAUGGCAUCGUCUGUAUCAUGUCUUCAUCUGUUCUGUGGAUAAUAAAAAGGGUCUAUUUAUAUUCAA